AUGACUCCCCCAAAGAAGGGUGGUGAGAAGAAGAGCCGUUCUGCCAUCAGAGCGUACACCAUCAACAUUCACAAGUGCAUCCAUGGAGUGGGUUUCAAGAAGCGUGCCCCUCGGGCACUCAAAGAGAUCCGGAAAUUUGCCAUGAAGGAGAUGGGAACCCCAGAUGUGCGCUUUGACACCAGACUCAACAAAGCUGUCUGGGCCAAAGGAAUAAGGAAUGUCCCAUACCGCAUCCAGGUGCGGUUGUCCAGGAAGCAUAAUGAGGAUGAAGAGUCACCAAAUAAGCUCUAUACCUUGGUUACCUCUGUACCUGUCACCCCUUUCAAAAAUCUACAGUUAAUGUGGAGAACUACCUGCUGA